AUGCAGGAAAUGAGUCAUUCGAAAUACUUGACACCCACCAGUCGUAUACUCGAGGAUGUUCUUCGGGCGACAAAACCUUUGGAUGUGCAAUUUGUUAUCCAGGAUCUCGUCGGUGGGAAACGCGACAUCAUCGACGAGAUCUACAAAUCUGUGUCACGAACUUUGCCUACGAGUUGCAUUUCCUUGAACGAGACAAUUCCGACGGAAUUGCCGUCGUUUCGAGCGCAUUGCUCAACAUUAAUUAUAUACGUCUACGUUUCAAAAACUACACCAGACGUUCGGGGAGAAAACGACAUAGUGCGCGUCAUCAUAUACGAUGAUAAUCGUCCAAAAGUUUUGCUGAUAACCGUUCUGGAGGAAGAAAACAACGAUUUCGAGUCGCUUCUGAAGGAAAUGUGGAGGAUGAAGAUCCUCCACGCGAUGAUUUUAGAACUAUCGGAAUCUAACGGGGACGUGACUGCAAUGAGGAUUCAUCAGUACAAUCCAUUUAUAAAUGUCUACGACCGACACUCGUAUUCGUCGAGUACGCGAUGGUUCUCCAACGAAAUGACAAAUCUCCAUGGUUAUCCAAUACGCGUCCACAUUACCCUCCGAUUAGGCCACGCGUAUGUGAGGAGGAGUAAAGAUGGGUAUCCUUUGUAUUAUCGUGGCACGGAUGUGAAAUUUUUAAACAUACUUUCUCGUACCUUGAACUUCACCGUCGUUAUGGUUCCCUCUACGGAAGUACUGGCGCCUGUGAAAGAAGGAGCUGCUGAAUUUGUGAUAACGUCACUUCCUUUGAUCGUAACCAACUACACGUCAGACCUUGCUUACACUUUGCCUGUAAAAUUCGAAAAAUGGUGCCCGACCAUGUUCGUUACGUACAACCACAAAACCUACAUGGCGCGAGCCUUCGUUGGGAUAAUUCUAAACUACGUGAUCGUUUUUAUAAUCUGGGUGACAUCGAUUCUUAUGAAAUUCGAUUUGAACCAGUGGCAGCCGCUCAAGAUCUUUGGACUGAUAAUCUUCAUUUCCGUACCAAUGAAGCCUAUGGCGCACGCCGAAAAAAUCAUGUUCAUCGUCAGCAUAUUGGUUUCCUACAUCUACACGUCGAAUUUGUACGCGGAUUUGACCACCGCGUACAUGUACGUCAUGAACGAGGUCGAGUACAAGAAUUUCGAGGAGUUCGACAAAUCCGGCUUAGUUCCCGUCGUCAGGAGUCAGCUUUUUAACGCAACAUUCUAUAACGACGACCAGGCCUUCGUCAGAUUGAAGAAAAAGGCGAUAACCACGGAUUCGCUGAUCGGGUGUAUGAACACCAUGAUAGACCACAAGAAUGUUAGUUGCUUCUUGGAGGUGACGGAGAUAAAUGCACUGAUUCAUCUUGAUAGGUACAAGAGUCCACCGACUGUAAAGAUCUGCAAGCACCUUUGUUACGCGAACCCACCGAAUAUAUAUUAUUUUAAUCAACACUCACCGUACAGAGGUGUCGUCACGGAAAUUGUAAUACGCGUGGAGGCAUCAGGUAUUCGAAAGAUGUGGAUCAAUAAUGAUAUCGGUAAGAUGAAACGGACGAAGAAACAGAUGAACGUUGGUACUAAUCACCACAGUCUCGUGUUGAGUCUUGUUUAUAUUCUAACGUGCGGGUUUGUAACCUCGACAUUAGCGCUUGUUGGCGAAAUUAUGAUGUUUCGUUUGAAAAAUAAGAAGCAAAUGCCGGAAUGA